AGAAGAACCUGACUUCGAUGAGUGGAGAACGUUUUCAAGAAAACUCAAACAAGCCCAAUUUCCUUUUGGUUUUAGUUCUGUUUUGAGAUAAUAAGCUCUAAUCAGCAACUCUCAACUUAACAGAUAUUAAUGCAUGUUUUAGGAUUUUUUUGCAGCAUUAUUUACUAUAGUGUGUAGUGAUAAUGUAUCAAACAUCAAUACAUGUUUCAUUCUGCAGUGUAAAGCUGCUGAUUUAGUGUAAAGCAGUGUUUCCGUAUUCUGCGGUGAAUAUUCUACAGGUCAAUAAAUUAGCAGCACAUGCCUUAAAAGUAAUGUUUACUUAUGGUCUUGCGUCUAAAUGUGCUGUGAGGCGACUGAGUAGGCGAGACCAUAGCAGCAGUUGGAGGUUGAAGGAACAGGAACAGGUUUUGGAUGUUUUGUCAGAAGCCAUGAUGGACCUUGGGAAAAUCAUCUAUUACAGCAUGAUCUUCCUCAUCAUCCUAUUUUCAUUCAUCAUCCUCGUCUUUAUUAGCGCAGCCUUCAAGGGCUCCUCGCCCGACAUUCUGAGCAUCAGCACGAAGCCCAUCGGCAACCUUGGUGAAGACGAGCUUCUCAGCUGCUAUCUGAACACAGAAAAUCCACAGCAGCGAGUAAAUCAGGUGACAGUCACCUGGGAGAAGAAGGACCUGAACGGGCUGGUUUACCUGUACGAGUCCGGAGCCCCGAAUCUUAAAGACCAGGCUGCAGAGUUCAAAGGAAGAACUCAGCUCUUCUCAGAAGCUGUCACCACAGGGAAUGGCUCUUUGCUGCUGAGGAAUGUGAGGAGAAGUGAUGAGGGGGAGUACACCUGCGCCAUCAGCUCCUCCAGCGGCGGAGGGAAGGUCACCAUUCACCUCAGAACAGCAGCCUUUUCAGCUCCCACAUUUACAUCCUCAAACAGCACCCUGGUUGCUGAAGCAAGCAGGUGGUUUCCAAAACCAAAUGUCAUUUGGACGAACCAAACUGGGGACGAACUGGAAGGAAGCACACGUUUCACAGAAGGCAGUGAUGGGAUAUUCAGCGUGGUUAGCACACUGCAAGACGUCAACGUCGGAGACACCUACAACUGCAGGAUUGAGAAUAAUUUGGUCACGGCUGAUGCAACUGUGACAGGAGCUGGCGUUUUGACGAAAACAUUCUUCACCUUCAGUGUUGCUUCUUCUCUACUUGCGUUAGUUUACCUGAAUGUUGUGACUUGUGUGGUCUGCAUCUAUUACAUGACCUGAUUACACACUAAAGUACACACACAUUGACUACACUUAUAAACUCAAAAAAACUUUUAAACAUUUCCCCUUGGGGUUUGUGCAGUCAGGGAACAGGUUUCUAAAAACGACUCUAAAACAAACUCUAAUUUGUUACUGUGAAGCACUGUAACAAAAGUAAAUGGACAAGUCUUAUUUUUAUUUUUACUGCCUAUUAUUUGCCUAUAUUAAGAAUAAGAAUAUAGUUCUGCCUUAUUUCUGAAAUAGAUUUUUGUCAGUUUAUGAUGACAAACUGUCAUGUUUAAGAUUAAAAGAGUAUUUUUGUAUCGAUUUAUUCUUUUUCAAGUGAAGUUGUGACAUCACUGAUCACUGUUUUUAAAGAUUUAAAUAAAACAGUACAUAUACAGA